CAGCGCCAGGGGCUGAGGGGGCGGAGAGGCCGGGCCGGCCAGAGCUGCGGGCUGGGGUGAGCGCGGCGGAUAGGGGGCGGAGCCCGAGCCCCAGCCCGAGCCCCAGCCCGAGCCGGAGCCGACGAGCGGCGGCCGCACUCGGACCUGGGAGCCGGUGCGCUGCCUGCGAUUCGCCCCUGAGGAGCCGAGAAAGACUGUACGAUGAACGGUGACACGCGGGCUGCGGUGGUGACCUCGCCACCCCCGACCACAGCGCCUCACAAGGAGAGGUACUUUGACAGGGUGGAUGAGAACAACCCGGAGUACUUGCGAGAGAGGAACAUGGCACCGGACCUUCGGCAGGACUUCAAUAUGAUGGAGCAGAAAAAGAGGGUGUCUAUGAUCCUGCAGAGUCCCGCUUUCUGCGAAGAGUUGGAAUCAAUGAUACAGGAACAAUUUAAGAAGGGGAAGAAUCCCACAGGCCUGUUGGCAUUACAGCAGAUUGCAGAUUUUAUGACCACGAACGUACCGAAUGUCUACCCUGCAGCUCCGCAAGGAGGGAUGGCUGCCUUAAACAUGAGUCUUGGUAUGGUGACUCCUGUGAAUGAUCUGAGAGGGUCUGAUUCAAUCGCCUAUGACAAAGGGGAGAAAUUAUUGCGGUGUAAGUUGGCAGCAUUUUACCGACUGGCAGAUCUGUUUGGAUGGUCUCAGCUUAUCUACAAUCACAUCACAACCAGAGUGAGCUCUGAGCAGGAACAUUUCCUCAUCGUUCCCUUUGGACUUCUCUACAGUGAAGUGACCGCGUCCAGUUUGGUUAAAAUCAAUUUUCAAGGAGAUGUGGUAGAUCGCGGGAGCACUAAUCUGGGAGUAAAUCAGGCCGGCUUUACAUUACACUCUGCAAUUUAUGCUGCAAGGCCAGAUGUGAAGUGUGUGGUCCAUAUUCACACGCCAGCAGGGGCCGCGGUCUCUGCGAUGAAAUGUGGCCUCUUGCCGAUCUCCCCGGAGGCACUUUCCCUUGGAGAAGUAGCUUAUCAUGAUUAUCAUGGGAUUCUGGUUGAUGAGGAGGAAAAAGUAUUAAUUCAGAAAAAUCUGGGGCCUAAAAGCAAGGUUCUUAUUCUGCGGAACCACGGGCUCGUAUCCGUCGGAGAGAGCGUUGAGGAGGCUUUCUACUACAUCCACAACCUUGUGGUCGCGUGUGAGAUCCAGGUUCGGACUCUGGCCAGUGCAGGAGGGCCAGACAACUUAGUCCUCCUGGAUCCUGGCAAGUACAAAGCCAAGUCCCGUUCCCCAGGGUCCCCGGCAGGGGAGGGUACCAGCUCACCUCCCAAGUGGCAGAUUGGUGAGCAGGAGUUCGAAGCUCUGAUGCGGAUGCUCGAUAAUCUGGGUUACAGAACUGGCUACCCUUACCGAUACCCUGCUCUGAGAGAGAAAUCUAAAAAGUACAGCGAUGUGGAGGUUCCUGCGAGUGUCACAGGGUACUCCUUUGCUAGUGACGGGGAUCCGGGCACUGGCUCCCCUCUCAGACACAGUUUUCAGAAGCAGCAGCGAGAGAAGACAAGAUGGCUGAACUCUGGCCGGGGUGACGAUGCUUCUGAGGAAGGGCAGAACGGAAGCAGUCCCAAGUCGAAGACUAAGGUGUGGACGAACAUUACACACGAUCACGUGAAACCCUUGCUGCAGUCUCUCUCGUCCGGUGUCUGCGUGCCAAGCUGUAUUACCAACUGCUUGUGGACUAAAGAGGAUGGACAUAGAACCUCCACCUCCGCUGUCCCUAACCUGUUUGUUCCAUUGAACACUAACCCCAAAGAGGUCCAGGAGAUGAGGAACAAGAUCCGAGAGCAGAACUUGCAGGACAUUAAGACGGCUGGCCCCCAGUCCCAGGUUUUGUGUGGUGUAGUGAUGGACAGGAGCCUUGUCCAGGACGCACCCCUCUCUGACUGUACGGAAACAAUCGAAGGGCUCGAGCUUACAGAGCAGACCUUUAGUCCUGCUAGAUCUCUGUCUUGUAGAAAGGGGGAGCUGGUGACGGCUUCCAAGGCCAUCAUUGAGAAGGAGUACCAGCCCCACGUCAUUGUGAGCACCGCGGGCCCCAACCCCUUCAGCACGCUCACCGACCGGGAGCUGGAAGAGUACCGUAGGGAGGUGCAGCGGAAGCAGAAGGGCCCUGGAGAGAUUCUGGACGAGAGCAGAGAAGAGAAGGAGAAGAGUCCUCCAGAACACCCUGCUGCCCCCCACACCCCCCCCAGCACCCCCGUCAAGCUUGAGGAAGACCUGCCGCAGGAGCCCGCCUCCAGAGAGGACAGUGACGCUGCCACCUUCAAGCCGACUCUCCCCGACCUGUCCCCUGAUGAGCCUUCAGAAGCGCUCGGCUUCCCGACAUUGGAGGAGGAGGAGGAGGAGGAAGAGGAGGAGGGGCUCUGUGAGGCCCGCGAGCCCCCCAGCCCCACCAGGUCCCCCUUGGUGGCCAGCCCCGAGCCAACCUCCGCCCGGGCGGCUGAAGAGGCCGCCUCCCCAGCUGCCGAGGACCCUGGCAGCGACGGGUCUCCGGGCAAGUCCCCUUCCAAAAAGAAGAAGAAAUUCCGCACCCCCUCCUUUCUGAAGAAGAGCAAGAAGAGGGGUGACUCCUGAAGACCCCGUCCUGCACCAGCUGACGCCACCAGACCGUCCCGAUCGCGUCUCGUGCCCUGUCUUCCCGUGUAGUGGAAUGCAAAAAGCCCAGCCCUCCGUGUAGCUAGAGCUCCCCUCCCGGCCUGACCAGACCCCCACAUCCACCGGUGCUCGCCUUGCGUGUGUGCGCAGCGGUCCCCCCCCCCCCCCCCCCCCCCCCCCCCGCCGGCCCGCAGCCUCAGGUUCUGGGGGAGACGAGUCCACGUCCCUCCCAUCUGUCUGCGCCUUGGUGACACCCUCUCCCCUGCCGGUGAGAAGUCCUGGUCCUGGCCAGACGGUCGGAAGCCCUGCCGGCUCUGGCCUUGACCGCGCUCUCCUUCUGUUGUGAGGUGACCUGUGCUGUGUGCUAGGCUCCCCUUCACCCCCAGGUCUCGGGUGACUGAAUCAGACUAGUAGUUUCCUGCUGGCGUUACCUGCUGGGUGAGUGAUCUCACUCUGUGGACACAAAGCCUCAGUCCUGUGAAAACACUCACGUGCCCGCCAACAGCCCAGGGCAUAAUAACAGCCUUUGAGAGGCGAGUUUGGGCUGAGCCGGAAACCCCAACAGCAAAGGGGACCUGUGUCUGCCCAGCACAAGCUAUGUGUGGUCUGAUUACCCUGAGGCCAGAAACAGGUUCAGGGGCUCCCCAUUUCUCACUCACUGGGGUCUCUGGGUUCCUGUCAUGGGGAAGAUACGUCAAGACAGGGGAAGAGUUCUUUCUAGAAUUUUUUUUCAGCAGGUUUGCAAUUUACCCUGCGUUUUUUUACCGUGAACAGGCCACUUUUUAGUAAGUUUUUUCUCUGCUCACUCGUCUAGGGGACGUUUUGGACCGAGAAGGGGUCUUCUCUUACCUUUAACUCUGCCUUGAAGACCCCCCUGGUUUUGGUAAAAGGCGCAAGGUACAAGACCCAGUGGUCCCUCCCUCACUGCUUACACCAGCCACUUAUGAGCCGUGACUUGCUCUCCUUGUUCGGCAUCGUGAAGUUUCACUUAACUCAGACCCCUGGGAAACCACAUGAAGCUGCUUAGCGGGACUAGUGGGUGACCCAUUCCAGGAGCUGCCCCGGUGCCAGCCUGACCAGGCACCGGCAGGCCUCCUCCCCGGGCGGACCCACGCUCCUGACACCAAGGCAGGACCUGAGGCUGGCUGCAUGGCGCUGACCACUGCUUCGAGCUUGCUGGCGACUUGCUUUUCUCCUGUGUGUCACUUUGUUGCCAUGGUGGCGUCCAGGCGCUGAGCCCUCAGCCCAUACUUCAGUUGACCCCGGACUCUCUGCCCCUUCCUUUUGUCCCUCACAUGCAAUGACUUUUAUUUCACUUUUGUAGUUUAUUUUAACUCUUUGUAUUACAACAUGAAGUCUAGUCGCAUAUAUGGAUACAGGCUUGGGAGGAUGGGUCCUCUGUCCUCCACUGUAACGUGUUUUACUCACAAAUAAAAUUCUUUAAGCAGUUUCCUUGUCUAAA